AGGAUUUUGCUUGAAGUUCGACGGUUACGUGGUGCGUGGAGACUGACAAGGACCAAACCUCUUAGGCGUGCGCGUCUGGAGUCCACGCGUGUGGAAGACGCGACAACAGAUUUGUCAUGCGUUUCUCUAAAGGGUUUCAGAGGAGUGUUGAGAAUCCCUAGAUCCCAAUCUGUUCAGAGUUGACACUUUCACCCGUUAGCUUGAGCUCGUUACUUUUGCCUUAUUGUUGAGAUGCUUCUGUUUUUUUUUUUGUUUUAACUAGUGUGUUUUUUUGUUUAAAAUUGCUAUCCAAAGUUUCUGGUACCAUUUCCCGACCAGCUCAAGGAUGAUCUCGAGAAGAUUCGUGAUCAAAGCACAUAUAUUUGGUAGAGAUUCGUGAAAGCUAUUAGACGUUUCUUUAGAAAAUUUACGCAAAAUCUCCCAAAGAAAGAUCGCACAGUGAUGGGAAAAUACAAUUGGAGUUCGAUCCGGAUUAUUCCAAUCUGAGACUCUGGCCCGAAGCCGACAUGAUCUGAGGAGUGGAUGAUGAAGGAGGUGCUGAGGAAUAGUCUUCUGGACAAGGGAGGUCGGCAUUUUCAUAUGGGUGGGAGUUCGAGGCCUCUGAGUCCAACUUCUCAGAAGGAGAAGAAGAGGCAGCCGACCGCGGUUCAAUUAGCUGAGGCCGCUCCGGAGAGAUGUUCGAUGAAUAUUUGGCAUUGCCCUGCUUUGAAGUUUUCGAUGUUAAGUUCGACUCGAUUUAUGUCGACAUUGAACGACGUCAGAAAUUCUUUCGGGUCUCCUUUAUCGUUGACGUGGUCGAGUUUGGGAACCGUGCUUGUAGCACGGUGGAUCUUCGAGCACAUCUCCAAGACUGCACACCUCAACUCGGCUAUCUCUGCGUCCCUUGUAUCGCCUAAGACGUUAGCGAGGGAUGCGAACUUAUCGUCGCUCAUUGCAUCUUGCCUGCUUAAAAUGGUCGUGGAUGCUCUAAAAUGCGUUGGCGAACGGUACACGGCCGGGUUACCUUGCACGCUGCUGUGUGGUUCAAGGUUGGUCGGACGACGUCUGCUCGGCGAUGUUUGUUCGUUGUUCUCCUGCAUUGGCGGGGAAGUCUUGAUGAUUAUCCCAAACGCGGUACCUUUGGGAGUUGGAGGUAGCAAAGGCGGCGCAACUACGAUACUAAUUAGUGUAUCCUUCUUCGGGCUCGUCUGGCUAGUUGGAAGAAAUCCUCAAGCUAUCUCUCUACCUGGCACGCCAACUGUUGAGGGCGAACUUCAACUAGCGGAUUUGGUCUCGUUGUACAAGACCGCCCAGAUCAUCAACGGUGUUGCGAAAAUGAAAAUAUAA